CGGGGGGCGGUUAAGGGGAGCUGAUGUUGUGUUGGUCUGGAGGGUCCCUGUGUCCAGGAAGAGGAUAUGAGAAGAGCAGCUUUGCAGGUAGAACUUGCCAACUGAGUACCAUGUGAAGGUCUGACAGAGCCCCUUGAUUCGUGGGACAGGAGAGACGUCCCUCUUUCAGUCCAGAAGGGGAAAAUUCUUUGAACGUUUUUGUCUGCUUCAGUAGGCUCUUAAAGUAUCAUCUUUACCUGAACCACACGGGCACGUGCCUGAGCCAGUUUGCCCACUGUGGGAAAAGGAAGUCUCAGGAGGCAUUCCGCGCACCAUGGAGAAACCGUGGAAGUGUGGGGAUUGCGGGAAAGGAUUCCGCUCCCCCUCCGUGCUGGAGAUCCACCGCCGUGUCCACACCGGGGAGCGGCCCUUCACCUGCUCCGUCUGCGGCAAGGGCUUCACCCAGUCGUCCCACCUGCUGACCCACCAGCGGGUCCACACCGGGGAGAGGCCCUUCACCUGCUCCGUCUGCGGCAAGAUCUUCUCUGACUCGUCCCACCUGCUGUCCCACCAGCGGGUCCACACCGGGGAGAGGCCGUUCACCUGCUCGGUGUGCGGCAAGGGCUUCUCUCACUCGUCCCACCUGCUCAAGCACUGGCGGGUCCACACCGGGGAGCGGCCCUUCACCUGCUCCGUCUGCGGCAAGGGCUUCACCCAGUCGUCCCACCUGCUGCAGCACCAGCAGGUCCACACCGGCGAGGGGGUCUUCACCUGCUCAGUCUGCGGCAAGGGCUUCACCCAGUCGUUCACCCUGCUGACCCACCAGCAGGUCCACACCGGGGAGUGGCCCUUCACCUGCUCGUUGUGCGGCAAGGGCUUCACUCGCUCGUCCACCCUGCUGCAGCACCAGCGGGUCCACACCGGCGAGGGGGCCUUCACCUGCCUGGUCUGCGGCAAGGGCUUCCCCCACUCAUCCGGCCUCCAGAUCCACCAGCGGGUCCACACGGGGGAACAUCCUUCCGAUAGACCAGAAGUGCACAUAAUACAGAGGAACUUCGAUUAUCCAGAAUUAGAUGAACCAGCACGGUGGCUCAGUGGUUAGCGCUGCUACCUCACAGUACCAGGGACCCGGGUUUCAUUCCUGCCUCAGGCGACAGACUGUGUGGAGUUUGCACAUUCUCCCCGCGUCUGCGUGGGUUUCCUCCUAGUGCUCCGGUUCCGUCCCACAGUCCAAAGAUGUGCAGGUCAGGGUGAAUUGGCCAUGCUAAAUUGCCCGUCGUGUUAGGUACAUUAGUCAGAGGGAAAUGGGUCUGGGUGGGUUACUCUUCGGAGGGUCAGUGUGGACUGGUUGGGCCUGUUUCCACACUGUAAGGGAUCUAAUCGUCAAGCGACUGAAAUACACCCUGCAUGUGUCCUUUGGAUAAUCGAGGUUCCUGUGUAUUCCAAAAGUGGCCUAACCAACGUCCUGUCCAGACCCCAACCCCUAUACUCAGUGCUCUGACCAAUAAAGUGAUCUGCAGAAUCUGCGGGACUUGCUUAAUCCUGGGAGGUAAAUCACGUGUUUCUCCUUCUCUUGCAGGUGGAUCCAAGAUUUCACUCUCUGUCCCAUUGAGUCUCCAGUCAGGUCCUUCAGCUCAACUGGUCUCUCUCAGUAUUUCUGACCCAUGUGAGCCUCUACGCACCUCCCCUUCACUUGCUCACACUUGAUUUCCCUUACAGCAGCAUUCCCUUCAGUUCCUUUCUCCCUGACGUCUGUAUCCAGCUUCUCCUUAAAUGCCGUCCACCUCGACCUGCUACUGUGGGGGUCAUUCCCGCUGCAGACAGAGGUCUCUCCUUUGUAACCUCUUCAAAAGAUUUACCGCUGACUUCCCCCUUCAGUCUUUUCCAUUUCUGGGUCUCCCCGCUGUUGCGAAACUUGUAAAUCUUUUCUGAAAAUUUACAAGGAUGUUGACAGGGUUGGAGGAUCUGAGCUACAGGGAGAGGCUGAACAGGCUGGGGCUGUUUUCCCGAGAGCGUCGGAGGCUGAGGGAUGACCUUAUAGAGGUUUACAAAAUUGAGGGGCAUGGAUAGGAUAAAUAGGCAAAGUCUUUUCCCUGGGGUUGGGGAAUCCAGAACUAGAGGGCAUAGGUUUAGGGUGAGAGGGGAAGAUAUAAAAGAGACCUACAGGGCAACUUUUUCAUACAGAAGGUGGUGUGUGUACGGAAUGAGCUGCCAGAGGAUGUGGUGGAGGCUGGUACAAUUGCAACAUUUAAGAGGCAUUUGGAUGGGUAUAUGAAUAGGAAGGGUUUGGAGGGAUAUGGGCCGGGUGCUGGCAGGUGGGACUAGUUUGGGUUGGGAUAUUUGGUCGGUACGGACGGGUUAGACCGAAGGGUCUGUUUCCGUGCUGUACAUCUCUUGACAAAGCCUUGUCUGAGGGUGAAAUGUUGUCAUUCCCGUUGAUGCGGGUGGUCCCCUGUCUGUUGUCCUUUUUGUUUCCUUUCUCGGAAAGGACGUCGCGGACAUGGGCAGCGUUCCCGAGCCCCGCUCCGAAACGGGCUGUUCCGUCCUCUUCCAGCCCCCGGGGGAAGGGGCAGCUUGAGUGCAUUGGGAGAGUGGGCCGUUCACCGGGAGGGUGCCAAUGGGACGGGAGAGCGGUACCGGUAAUGGGGCGAGGGGGAGAUGCCUCAGACCGCCAGAAACACUGGGGCAGCUGCUCGCGUGCUCCUUUUGGAUCUCACAGCACAGGGAGGCCUUUCAUCUGAUUACCUCCCCGUCUCUGUCUCUCUGGCUCUGUCUCUGGCUCUCUGUCUCUCUCUCUGCGUCUGUCUGUCUCUCUGAGGUGACAGCGGAUUCCAGCGUAUUGCUGCUUGCUGGGUAAACCUGUUUUUCCUCUGUUUUCCUCCUCUCUCUCUCUCUCUCCUGCUCAAACCCCUGACCUUCAGGCCGCCCCUGACCUUGUCACUAUCAGUGAAUAGGGAACAGCUUUUCUUCCUCCACCUUAUCUGAACCUAUCACAAUCUUCCCCACUUUCACCAGUUGUAUCUGUGUGUGACCCUCUCUUUCUGUGUCUCUUUCUCUCCUAAGCCCCCUCCCUCACCACAUCCCAUUUACCCAUCCCCUCCUGUCAUGCUCCCACUUUCAAACGGUCUCGUUGUGUUUUCACUGCCUCCUCCCCAUCGUUUCUGUCAAGCACCUCAUCUCACGCUUAGAACCUCUGCAGUGUAGGAGCAGGCCCUUCAGCCCAUCCAACCCACACCUCACCCAGACCUCUGCCUGUAACCCUGCAAUUCCCAUUGGCUAACCCACCUAGCCUACACAUCCCUGGGCACUAUGGGUAAUUUAGCACGGCCAAUGCACCCUAACCUGCACAGCCCUAGGCACUAUGGGUAAUUUAGCAUGGCCAAUGCCCCCUAACCUGCACAUCCCCAAACACUAUGUAAUUUAGCACGGCCAGUUCACCCAAACCUGCACAUCCCUGGAUACUAUAGGACAAUUUAGCCUGGCCAAUCCUACACUAAGGGUGGAUUGGCCAUGCUAAUUUACCCAUAGUGUCCAGGGAUGUGUAGGUUAGGGUAGAUUGGCCAUGCUAAAUUACCCAAUCCUACAUAUCCCUGGGUACUGUUAGGAUAAAAUAGGUCAAGGGAGGGUGGAGCUAUAGCUGCUGUUUGGGGAAUCGAAACUGUAGCUGUAGCUGCUGCUUGGGAAAUUGAAACUGUUGCUUACGUGGCCAGCUCAGCUGCCAACGCCCAAAUGAGCUCAAUAACAGGAAACGUCGAGCAAACGCGAAAUGUCCUAAUAGGGCAAUGCUUAGUAGCUCCGCGAAGCUCUGCUUAGCAAAGAGUAUAUCAGGAGCAGAUUUGGGAGGGGAAGGCAGAACGUGCCUUCUCCAGUGAAUGCAUGGUGAUUCACUGUAUCAGCUACGAUUCUGCAAUAAAGCCUGCUUGUGCCAAACAA